CCGAGAACAUGGGGCAUCCGGCGCUGUUUCUGACCUACCACGGGCUCCUGGAUCCUGCUCUGGGAUAGCAACUCCCUAGGAUCCUCGAACACUCCACCCCCCAACAAGCUCGCACUGCGCAUACUGGUGACGCGCCCUCCGACAUGUUCGAACCACUCACGCCGAUCACCCCCACUGUGGAACAAUUGGAGCCCGUACAGGACGGUGGCGUCAAAAAUGCGUUUGCGCAUGUUCGCUCUCAGCUACCCAGCACGUUGGCUUUGUGGCGUCUGCCUACUGCGAAAGAAGGAGAACCAUACGAGGAUAUAAUGGAAACUGUGUGGACGCCUCUUCGUUCCUUUUUUCAGCAACAGGGCUACAACCUCUGGAAGCGCGGUGUUGAUUUGAUAUUGUGGCCUGACGUCGAUGACUCCGAGGAGACCGUCAAGUGCUCGAGCGGUUAUGCGUACGCCACCCAACACAGGGGAUUGGGGCCAGCACCUGGUUCAGUGCGGAAUCUGUUUGCGUUUGAGUCCAUGAAUCCACUGUGCCGCGCGGCUCGCAGAGCGGAUGGCUGCGACGUUGUGGUCCGCGUCUUGGCGAUUGGAGAACACGGCCGGGACCAUGUCGAAAUUCUGAAGACAGCGUCUAUAGGUCCAUACGCGUUUUACGAGGACAACCACAAUAUCCCUCUCCUCGACUUGGUCUACUUCGACAACAUCACCUUUGGGGUAUUCCCGAGGGUCGGAUGUCGCAUGCAGGACGCAUAUGGCUUCUGGGCGAAGAAUUCGGUGGGGGACGUGAUCGACAUGAUCCUUCAAUGCCUCGAGGCCCUCGCCUUCAUUCACAGCUUGAGCAUUGCUCAUAGAGACGCUUUCAAGGACAAUUUCCUCGUAGAAUGGCAUCCGGAGUCACUUUCAACCGGCCACGUCGCACGGAGUCGUCCUCGUGUAUACCUGACAGACUUCGAGACUGCCGCGAUGUUUUCUGACGAGACACCGCUCGAAGAGUGCCUAGUCUCUGGAUAUCCCGAAGGGGAUUCAUACCCCGACGACGUCGAGAAGUACGCACGAGCUGUACCUCCGGAAGUCACCUCCGGAAAACCCUACGACCCAUUCAAGCUGGAUGUCUGGCAGUUCGGCAAAAGCCUCGAGAAUUUCAAGAGCACUAUUCCGGAGAUUGAUAGGGUCCUGGAUGGGCUGAGAUGGGAUGACACAAUGUCCAGGCUUUCUAGCUUCGACGCGCUGGAAUACCUGUCCCGCGCGGUCGCUGAAGUGCCUCCGAAGGCGUUAUUGAUUCCGCCGGAGACUGACACUCCUCCGACACUCAAUUGUCCCAGUUUGUAA